UCACACAGUGCAAUCUAUUCACGUUCUGUGCUCUGAUUCCUUGGUACUGAUCACUGUUCAUCGGUCACUCCGAGCCUUCUUCAUUGGGAUCCAUCUCCAUGCUGCCCGAUCCACGCCAUUGUAAAUUUUUCGAUGUGGGAGUCCUCGCAAGGAAGCCGCGACUCCCAAUCUACGGUGGCAUUUCCAUCUUCAGCCUCCCUCUGUGCCGGCCAUCGCGAAGCCUGCAGAGCCUGCCUAAUUGGACCUCUCAUGACUUUGUUGAAAAUCUGCCCCGCUUCGACUGCUCUAACCGACUUGGCCACAGCAUGGUACAUGAUCACGUGGUUGGAAACACUUGCAGGUUGUUCGCGACGCGACGCGAACCCCGCACCGCUGGCAGGCGACAAAGAGACCGACCCGAUCGGAGGUGGUCAUGAGUGCUCCGGUUCAAUUUCUGAUGGUGAAUCUUAGGACUUGCUUGAGCUAGAAUCCGUUUAACUUGGUACUUCUGGUCCUGCAAUCUCUGUAGAAUAAUUAUUCCAGGGCUCAAAGAUGACCAUGCGGCGAAACAGCUUCAAUCUCCAGCAGCAGCAAGUGGGCGGCGGAGCCAAUGACCAACUGCUUUCAGCAACAUCCGACGAUGAGACUCAAAAAGAUGGCUGGGACUACGUACAUCAUGUUAUGACACAGUUGGCCCUCAAAGGGCAAUACUUCGAGACAUUGCGGCCAUCCCAUUGUCUUGUUCUAGACUACGGAACAGGUACCGGCAUUUGGGCUAUAGAGGUGGCCAACCAGAUCUACAGAGACGGAGGCAAGGUGGUGGGAUUUGGUGCGCCGAACUUGCGGCCGACCUCUAUUCCCACAAACCUUGAGUUCCUUGAAGAAGGCCGAGCUGACCUAUGGGGGAGAAAAGAUCGGUUCGACUUGAUCCAUACAAGAGUGCUCCCUGGCGACAAGAGAGACUGGCCAGGAUUUUUCAAAGAGGCAUUUGGGCAUCUCAAAUCAGGUUGCUGCUUGGAAAUAGAGGCGUUGAACUUGGAGCUUCUCUGCGACUACGAUAGACCGACUCUGAACCGAAAUUUGCUCUUGAAAAACCUCAACAGAGAAGACACAGACAACGGCAAGCAGGAUCUGGACUUUGGGAGAACAAAGGAGCUCCUAAAGGGAGCCGGGUUCGUCAACGUCAAAGAAGACAUUGUCACGCUACCCAUCAGCCCGUGGAGCGAGGACUAUCGCAACUGGUGGCUUGGCCAUCGCUUCAACAUCUGCGUAGAAUUCUUUCUCAGAACCGGACAGUAUGCACCCCCGGGCAUGGACCCCCAUCCCUCGGAUUUGAAGGAGAUCUAUGAACUUCAUAAUCGCUAUUAUUGCAGGCUUCAUUUGGACCGCAGAGAAAAUCGCGAAACGGAGAAUCUGGGAAAAUGACUGAUGUAUCGCUCGUUGUCUCGAUGCCAAAUAGGGGAUGGAUGAUAGACAUGUUCUAAGCAAAUAGAAAUACAGAUUAGUGAGACAUUUCGCUUGUGUCAAAGUACUGGCAGAUUGAAAAACAGGGGCAGGAUUUGGCAGCGCUCGGCGGCGUUGCGGGUUCUGUCAGUCGAUGGAGGUAGCAAGCCACCGAUGCUGCCAGCAGACCACCGAGGAACGACUCCUUAGCCGGUUCCCACCUUGGUUUCUAGUGGCGUUCUAUUGGCCGGGGGUCCGAACAGUCACCUCCAGUUGAUACAGGCCCACCUACAAACAAAACUAGUCGUUUUCAGAAAACUACAAGCUCUGCCUCGCCGUCUUUUCGCUGGGUUUCCAGACGCAUCCGAACAUUUAUACCC